CCCCAGUGGUCAAGUUUGGUUGAGAAGGCGUCACUGUGUUUAGUUUGUGCAUUCGAACCAGGAGCAGUGACAGAUGAAUUGUCGAAAAUAGAGGAAAAGGGAACGCGGGCGACUCUCCCGUGCACACACAAAAAACAUGUUUCCUAAAGGCAAAAGCUCCGUCGUGCCAUCGGAUGGUCAAGCUCGGGAAAAGUUAGCUCUGUAUGUUUAUGAGUAUCUGUUACACAUUGGUGCUCAGAAGUCAGCACAGACUUUCCUGUCAGAAAUCCGAUGGGAAAAGAACAUCACGCUGGGAGACCCUCCUGGGUUCCUGCAUUCCUGGUGGUGUGUCUUUUGGGACCUCUACUGUGCAGCUCCUGAGAGGAGAGACACAUGCGAACAUUCAAGCGAGGCCAAGGCUUUCCAUGACUAUAGUGCCGCUGCAGCCCCCAGUCCUGUUCUUGGGAACAUGCCACAAGGAGAUGGCAUGCCAGGUGGACCCAUGCCCCCUGGAUUCUUCCAGGGCCCUCCCGGCUCCCAGGCCUCCCCUCACGCUCCUCCUCCCCCUAACAGCAUGAUGGGACCACACGGCCAGCCUUUCAUGUCACCUCGCUUUGGUGGGGGACCACGACCCCCCAUCAGAAUGGGCAACCAGCCCCCAGGUGGAGUUCCAGCUGCCCAGCCAAUGCUCCCAAACAUGGAUCCCAGACUACAGGGGCCGAUGCAGAGGAUGAAUGUUCCUAGAGGAAUGGGUCCCAUGGGCCCCGGCCCCCAGAGUUUUGGAGGAGGAAUGAGACCACCACACAAUUCAAUGGGCCCUGGCAUGCCAGGAGUGAACAUGGGUCCUGGAAAUGGCAGACCACCAUGGCCAAAUCCAAAUGCCAACAAUAUGCCAUAUUCAUCACCAUCUCCUGGUGCUUAUGGGGGUCCACAAGGAGGGGGUCCUCCAGGAACACCUGGAAUUGUUCCUAGUCCAGCAGACUCCAACAACUCCAGUGAAAACCUGUACACUAUGAUCAACUCUGGAGGUGGAGGUCGCAACAGUUUUCCCAUAGGCCCAGGCUCUGAGGGCCCCCUAGGGGCCAUGGCAGGAAUGGACCCAAUGCAUAUGAACGGAGGUUCAGGAGACCUGGACGGACUUCCAAAGAAUUCUCCUAACAACAUGAGUGGCAUGAGCAAUCCACCCGGGACCCCUAGAGAUGAAGAUGUAGGAGGCAGCUACCUUCACUCCUUCCAGAAUGAGAAUCAGUACUCUCCUUCCAUGACCAUGAGCGUCUGAUGCCAGUCUGUCUGCUCCGUUCUGGAAACUCACAGG